CUGCGGGAUGGGCGGUCACUGCUGCUUUUCCCUCUAUAAAGCAGGCGAGGACCUGUUGCGCUCUAACAGCCAAGCUGCCAAUCCAGCAAGCGAACAUAACGUCAAUUCCCAAGGACUGCAUUCAUCACUGCGCCGAUGGAUUUUAAAGCGUUUGGAGACGAGUCCUCCGAGGGAGGCACGGAGGAUCUGGACAGCGUGAAAGCACUUACAGAAAAGCUGAAGUUACAGACUCGCAGACCUUCCUAUCUGGAGUGGCAGGAGCGGGUGCAGAGUCGAACGUGGACGGAGAGUUAUUCGGCAGACAGUCCGGACUCUGAAGUCGUUUCCAUGCCCGCGACUGUGAGAAAUGAGAACUCAGACGUGGUUGUGCGCAACAUCUGUGGCUUUGAUACUAUUGAUGAUGCUUUGGAGUUUCUGAGAAAAGAGCUGAGGGAGAUGCAAAUUCAGGACAACCGUCUGGCCCGUCAGCUGAUCCGUCUGCGUGGGGAGAUCCACCGGCUGAAAGUGGAGCAGGUGUGCGGCCGCCAUAAGGAGAUGCUGGACGAUGCAACGUACGAGCUGGAGGAGUGUGGCGAGGAGUCGGACCUGCUGUGUGACAUCCCCAUGAAGGCUGCCUUCGCUCUGUCCACCCCGCUCAAACACCUGGGCCUCACCAAGAUGAACAUCAACUCCAGGCGUUUCUCACUGUGUUAAAAACCUCGACCCGUAUUCAUGUUGCUGAGGAUGUUCCCAUCGCCUCCUCUGUGUUUGUGUUGGCUGUAGUUAUUAGGUUUAUUUCCUCCUUGGGAGGUGUUUUGAUGAUAGAGUGGCUGCCAGCUUUCGGUGCCCUGGGUUGGAAAUGAAAAUGACUCCUUUGAUGAGCACCUUGGCCUGACAGGCACGCGGAAGCCUCAGUGUGCAGACCUGUAGGGGCACACACUGCUAAUACCUUCACACCUGCUGGAUGACUGCUCUACUGCUGACUGUUCUUUGCACAGUGCAAUGUUAAUCAGAGUAGAUAGAUGAAGACUCAGAGCUAGACUGAAAUGUAAAGGUAGAUAGGGAAUGGGCAUUAUGUUUCAUUAUGUUUAAUAUCUUAAACCCAAUGCUUUGGUAAUGUAAAGACAAAGUUUCACAUGUUCCAUAGAAGAAGAGUAGUACUUUCUGAAAGAUUGUCGUAGAAAUAAGAAUAAACUCACUUCAGAAUACAAGACGGUGUCUUGAGGAGCUUCAUGGUCACAGUACAGGAGGGACCUUUUCAGACAGGUAGACUGGUCAGAUUACUUUUCAUUAGUGAUUCCCAACCCAGGGGUCAGGACCCAGACAAGGGGUUGCAAGAUAAAUCUGAGAGGUUGUGAUGCGAUUAAAAGGAUAGGAACAAAAACAAACAGAUUUUCCUCUCUUUUCUAUUUUUCUAGCAAAUUACUCAAUAACUUCAUCUAUUCAGACCACCCUCUGGUUGAACUGGUUACAUCCAGUGAUGAUCAGGUUGCAAGUCGACAUUCUUUCUUUUUAAGAGGUCACAAGCCAAAAAGGUUUGGGAACGAAUGCUUGACACAAAAAAUUGUGGCAUUGACUGAAAUUUUCUCCAUAGCCCCACCACUGCAGUGACAGGACCCAGGAGGCAGUUCCUAAUGCAUUUUGUUUUCCAUUACCAUGUCCAAAUGCUGCAGAGCACGGAUUGGGAACUAUAUAUGGCUGGACAGUGACCAAGUGUAUUUUGUUAUUAAAUGGUUUAUCAUAAAGCUUAAUAUUAUUAGCAACAGCAAGUAGGAAGAGUAAAAUGUUUUUUGUUGAGUGAUAUUUGACAUUGGUUGUGUUAAAUGUAAAAAAAAAAAAACAACAACUAUUAGCAUUAUUGUCAUUCUUUGCAGAUUGUAAAGUCAUGCCAUUGUAAUAUGAAUGUAUGUACAUGACAACUGAGUGUAAAAGCCAAAUGCCUUAAAAUGUAAAUUGCUAUAUCUUGCACAUGAAACACAAUAUUAAAACAACUUUACCAUGUA